UUCGUGGUUUCCCAAAAUUACUUCCAUAUUUGCAAAGUUCAUUCGGGCAAAUCAAUACCGGGACUUCGAUAAGGGUAUAUUAAGCCCUACGGUAAAUGUACUCUAUGUAACAAAUGUUUGCCAAAUACAGCUUUCUGUUUUGUAAUUUAUGUUUUCUUGGAAAUGUUUACGUUUUUAUCAUGAACUGAUCGAUGUGUUAUGUUAAAUUUUUAAAAGCUGCUUUGUGGAGGAACUGUUUGGUUUUUUUUUGUAUGCGUAUUGGCUAUCUUUCGUGACAAUGAUCAUCUUUCGUGACAACAUGAUGAGACUUUGCUGAUUAAUGGUGUGUGACGGCAGUGACGCCUGGACUAGCUCGUACUGACUUAGUACUGACUUAGUACGGACUUAAUAGACUAGUUGCCUGAAAUACAGUAUCACUAAUCAAUUUGGUGAUUAUUAAACUAUAUAUUUACGAAGUGCUUGUUGUAGCAUUUGAAGAUAUUUAUUUUUAUUCAUUGACUUUCACAUGGCAAACAAAGUUGAUGCGAAAGUUGUAUUACUGGGGAAAGAAUAUAGUGGGAAGACUUGUCUAGUGGAAAGGUACCUACAUGAUAGGUUCAACAAGGAUAUUCCUUAUCAAAAUGUAAGUAAGUGUAUUAUUCAGAUCUGGUUGGGAUCUGACCAGAAAUGAAAAUGGAAUGCUGGUAUAUCAUGAAGUGUUGCAGAAUAUACAGUAUCACUGACAGAAUUUCCUGGAAUGUGGCGAAUGGAUAUUUCCCAGAACCCCAAGCACUCUCUCCAGCAGUAGGAUUAAUAGCUCAGUGGAAUUUACAAAUAAUUACCAGCCAAUAUUUUGUUGGUUCAGAGUUUUGGUGCCAGAGGUCCAAUUGGGGUCGGGGAGAUAAGUGUUAUAAUUACACUUCAAAAACCUUGCAUAACAAUGUGUAACCAAUAUCACUUUAUAAUAGUUUUGUUUGUGGAAACACCACGUAAAUUUAUUACUGCAGUAAUAAAUUUACGUGGUGUUUCCACAAACAAAAUUAUUAUAUUUUAUCACCAUGCAAACAUACAAAGAACUUAUUCAACAUCACUUUGCUGGAACCAACAUACAGAUAUUAAUACAUCACUAAUUCGUUGUUUCAUAUCAAAUUAAUAAAUAAAUGCAUGCAUUCCAAGUUGGGAUAAAACCGUUGUCAUUUCUUUCACUGGCUGAUGUUUUUGUAUGAAUACCAAUACUUAAUGUAUUAAGACAUGUUUCCAGGUAUUGUCUAUUUGGGGAAAUGCUGUGAGAUUCUGUCAUUUUCUGUGAUAUUCUGCCAUAGUCCAUAAUAUUCCACCAUAUUUUGUCAUAUACUCCAUGGUAUUCUGGUAUUCUGGGUUUUCACACCGUCCACUGAAAAAUAGUGGAACAAGUUAGCUAGUAAAGAUGAUUCUAUAUUCUAGUUUGAUCAACCGUGUAGUUGAAGGCCCCUUGCUGGUUUCCAAUGAGCCCUAGGGUGCAUUCCAUGUAAAUGAUACCUGGUAUAUACCCAAGACAAAGGGCCGUAUGACACUGAUACUCAAUGCAUUGUGCCCCUUAUUGCUCUCAGCAGCAAUCUUUAUAAGAGAUACAACUGUCAUUCUCCUAUAAUGAUAAUUGCAGUAACUUGUAUUCACUGCUAUUUGCUACUUCAAGGUUGACUUGAUGAUCAUGAGUAGCUACAGACUCUCUUACAUUCAUCCUUAAUCACUGACAGCCUAGUGCUAAUUAUCUGUCAUAUAACUAAUAACUUUAUAUUUUGAUAGACAAUAGGAGCAGCUUUUGGAGCAAAACGAGAAGUAAUAGACGAUAAAUCACUUACAUUGGGAAUAUGGGUAAUGAGUAUUCCUUCCAAAUCAAUUUACAGCCAAUGUGGCAGCUAAUUUAAUUAAAUUAACCCAUUGAGUUGCAUUGCACGCUAAUGUAAUAUAUUAAAUAAUCCCACGCCCAAACCAAUAUCUGGCAAAGAUGGAAUAAAAUUAAUUCAAAAAAACCAUGCCUUGUUGUUUACAAAAUGCAUACAUUUGUUAUUACGGUACCCCACACAAGAAACAAGUUUUCUACUAUUGUACAGUUUGUACUUGUCUGUACACAUGAGAUGUGAUAAUAGUACACAUAUACAUGUAUCUUGUAAAAAUGCCAAAAUUAAACCUAAUUUUCUCCCUUUCCCUUCAGUAAUUUUUUUUAAAAUUUUGCACAUUCUUUAAUAUCAGCUCAACAAGUGCAAUAUCCUUUUUUCUUAAAAUUCUGUCGAAGAGAAAUCUCGGCCUUGGGAGAAAUUACUAUUUUAUAAUUUCUGUACCUGUGUACAGUUUACAGUCAGUGCUUAUCUAGAAACAUAUUCACAAGCCUUUUCAAUUUAUGCAGGACACCGCAGGGUCUGAACGAUAUGAAGCAAUGAGCAGAAUAUACUAUAGAGGAGCUAUGGCUGCAAUUAUUUGUUAUGGUAAUUGAAAAUGUUUGACAUUUUACUUAGUACGUAACUAUAGACCCAUUAACAAAUUGCAAACAGUGGCGUAGCCAGCCCGACAAUUUAGUCCCGCUAUGCAAAUUCAAAAUUAUUAUCAUUAUAACAUUUCUUUAGAAAUUGAUUGUUUUGAUUGUUUUCACAAUCAAUGAACAUGAAAAUAUUUGCAUAUAGCGGGACUAAAUCGUCGGGUUGGCUACGCUACUGAUUACAAAUAGAUAAGAUUUUGCUGUUGUUUGUUCAGUGAAAUAGAUACACAGUAUGACAUCACAGUAUGACACAACUCUCUCCUGCCUUCUACAUUUAACCUCUUUUUUGUGCCUGUUGACCAAUUACAUAAUUAUAAUACAAGGUUAUCAUCUAACCAAUCUUAUUCUAGUAUUUGGUUGCCUAGCUUGAUAAGCCCGUAUGGUUUUUCUAGGUUUUUACCAAUACCAACCUAGUCAAUCUCAAAAAAAAAGAAAAACAUAUGUAUGUGUGUGUAUGUGUAUGUAUAUAUGUGUAUAUGCAUAUAUAUGUAUGCAUAUAUAUAUUCAUAUUGUAAAUAAUUUUUAUGUUGGAAUAAAAAUUGUUGUUGUUGUUGUUGUUGUUGUUGUUGUUGUUGUUGUUGUUGUUGUUGUUGUUGUUGUUGUCAUGUGGGAAGAACAAAAAAGUGACUCACGGGCCAUUGGGUCACUUUUUUGUUCUUCUGACAUUAUGUCAUACUGUUUUGCAGCUUAAUUUAAUGGGUUAACCAAAAAAUCUGACAAUGUCUCUAGUUAAUUAACCCAUUGAGCCGCAAUGCGCUCCAGUGCGCCCUACUUAAUUUUUUUUACUUGUCUAAUGCCCAACGAUUUUACUCGUCAGUGGGGAAGCUCUGCAGCUUAAUAAUGGGUUAAUGAAAAACCCCAAAAUUAAACAGGUAAAUGCUGCAGUAAACAUUUGGACAUUUUGAAAAAGUGAAAAUAUCAGUGACAACUAUCACACCUACAUGAUCUAUACGUCAAAUAAUGGUAUUGGCUAUGUUAAGUCACAAGCUGUGUAAGUUGUGAUUGGCUGCACAGAACAAAGAAUUUCGUAUGACAUAAUUCUGUGCAUCUGACCUCUAAUACUGAUCAUGGCUCUCGACCAAUGAAGGCGCUUGAAUUCUUAACGUUAUUAUAUAAUAUACACUCUCUUUUUUUAAAAACUGCAGAUUUAACAGAUUCCAGUAGUUUUGAUAAAGUAAAGUUUUGGGUCAAUGAACUUCGUACUCAUGAAAAGGUAGCUACUAUACUUUAUUUUAUUUACCAAGUCAAAUUGUAUUUUCUGGCCUAGACAACGUUUGUGUAAUACCCUAUUUCAAACUGAACAAAAACCUGCUGACUUUAAAUCAACAGUUUCAUUUAAUCUUCAAAGUUAAAUGAAAAAAACCCAAAUACAUGUAUCCAUGCAACCACACAGUAUUUUACCCUGCUAGGGCAACUAAUGAAGUUUACAGUAAUAUGUUGAAAUAACUGGCACUCUUACCCCCAUUUUAGCAAAACAAAACACAUAUAGACAUAUAUUGUGGGCACGGAAGUGUUAGAAUGGUCAAUAGAGGCUCUUGCUAACCUAAGUUUUACCUAGACUGCUAGAGGAACAGGUGAACCUCUAGAUUGCAGAGGGAGUGACGUGGCUCUGUGGCUGUGCAUGUUGUUCAGCGAGUUUGAGUCCUCGGGAUGAUGGUCUAGCGACCACCAUUAGUGUACUGAGACAGUAUGGGUACUCAAGACCUGACAGAGCAUGCAAAAACUGUACUUUUUGUAGAGGAACAGGUGAACCUCUAGAUAACAGCAGAACAGGCAAACCCCCAUUCAGGUCAGUCGGCUCGUUGAUGUCGAGUACUAGUUGAACAUCACUUGAACUGGUAAACAACUGAUGGUAACUCAACUGCCGAACCACACAGUAUUUUACCCUAGCUGCUAUUAAUCUAUUAUCAUCUAUAAAAACAUGGAUGGAUCCAGCCAAAUCUGGGGGUGUUUAUUGAACUUUGGUCAUUGUAAAGGGUGCAACCAUUGAUCAAGUGUUAUUCACUAAUGGGAACUACAGUACACCAAGGCAUUAGUGUGUAGUCGUGCUUGGUAAUUUCAAAAUCAAGUUAUGUACUGUACCAUCCCAUUUUGUCUCCAUUUUAUUUGAAAUAGUUUUUGUUAUUGAUCGUUCCAAAAAAAAAAAGAUAUGAUAAGGAAAUUGGCACUUCCCUUUCAACCCUUUGCUAAGGCUAAGAGGGUGGGCACAGUAAAUCCAUUCCUCCAACUACAGUAUGUAAGCGGUUCAGAUUUAGACAAUAUUCACACUACAUCGGAGUGAAAUAAUACCGGCAGAAUUUACGUGUGUUCACACUACGUCGUUAUAGUUUGUUUAAGAAUUAAAGUAGCAUUCAUGUGAACCAAAAAUAUUUCAAAUACUGUAGAAGCGAAGAUACUGUUAUAUUUAAACGAAAAGCAUUCGAAUUUACUGUUUUGAGACCCGAGAUGGUUGGUUUGCAAUGACGUUUGUGUUCACACGCAUGCGCCAGGCCCUCCGUUUUCAUCUCGCUCCGCAGACUAGUCCCUAGUCCUCUGUGCACGCUUUUGAUUUCCGUUACCUCCUCGCUCCGUUUAAAAACCUGUCACGUAAUCCCACAAUCAUGUCACGCAAUCAAUCCGUGGUCACAGAAUAGGAAGGUAUAGCAGAAGCGUAACUCGAGCAAGUAUUUGUCCGCGUUUUUACAAGCGAUUCGUCAUCAAUCACGCCAUCCUGGCUAGUACAACCGGCACUUUGCACCUACCAAAACCUGAUAAAAACUUCCGGUUGUACUGGCCAGGAUGACGUGGAUUGGCGUGAGCGAGUUAAAAUUUUCGUGGACGUAAAACAAUAAGGGAAACGACUAGAGUUACGCUUCUGCUAUACCUUCUUAUUCUGUGCCGUGGUGCAUCAUUUGCACAAUUACAUGUACUCACUGCACCAUUAUGACACUAACAUGCAUAGACUGAAGUUUGGGGAUAAAGAUGGAGCUGGUAUGCCUGUAUUUUGCUGUAUAAAAGAUCAGUGCCAUAAUUGUGCGAAUGGUCUAGCCACACAGCAACCUCGCAAGCCAGGCUUUCUAUUUCCGCUUCCCUCUCACACACUCUCCAGCUGUAGAGGUUGCGAGGUUGGCCACACAGCAUACUAUGUAUCAGCUUGCACCAGUGUUGUAGGACUCCAGUCCGGACUUGUUCUCGAGUCCGGACGUACUUGAGGGCAUGACUCGGGCUCGAAUGUAUAGGACUCGGAUUUGUAAGUGUGCUGGUGUAAAGCAAAAUGGUUUUCUUAAUUUUUUUAGAAUUGCGCAAUAUUUUUAUGUGGUACAAAGCUGGAUAUAACAAAACAAGAUAAAAGAAAGCGACAGGUCGACUAUCAUAGCACAACAGAUUAUGCUGACGGUGAGGAAUUCUAUUGUACAUGUGCGAUGUUUCGGAGUUUUUUUAUAAGAUCAUAAGUUGUAGUUUUGUGAACUGAUGAUGGAGAAAACGGCAAAAUAUUUUUUUUAUUUAAUAAAUGUUAAGCCUCAUUCUUGGUCGCUAAAAACCGCAAAAAUCUAUUCAUGAGAAUAAGGCGAAGAGAAAAUUCGCUAUACUUAAAUAUUUUGUACAUGAUUCAUGAAAUACAGGGAUGUGCCGAAUACUGCUUUGCCGGAUAGUACAAGAUAGUAUUCUACCGGAUUGAUGACCUUAGUUAACCCAUCGAGUCUGACUCGUCCCCAGUCGCUUCAGUUACGCGCGCGUUGAAUUACCCAACGCGCGCUGAAUGAUGGGAGUGUUAGGGACUGUGGAAGAGUCAGCCAUCGAGUUACAUUGCACCCUACUUUAUUGUUUUUCUGUGCAAAGCCAGAUGAUUUUACUUGUCAAGAGGAGAACACUGGUACACACUGCAUGAAUCAGAUUAUCUGCCCAUGUCAUUGUGUAUAGUUAAACCCAUUGAGUUGGGUUCCAUCCUACAUCAUUAUUUCACUCUGUCUAACGCCAUACGAUUUUACUCAUCAAGGGGAGAGGGCUGGCGCUGAGCAGAUUAACCCUAUAAGUUGCACUGUGCCCCAUUUUGUGUCCUACUUUAUUCUGUAUAAUGUCAGACGAUUUUCUCAUCAAGGGAAGGGUGCUGGCGCUCAGUUUGUGGGUUAAACAGACCACUGUAUCUGUCCAUGUGUGUAGUUAAUUGAAUUAGUUGUUUGCAUUGGCUGUAUAUUGAUCUAAAAGGAAUAAUUCAUUACCCAUAUUCCCAGUAUAAGUGAUUUAUCAUCUAUUACUUCUGGUUUUGCUCCAAAAGCUGCUCCUAUUGUCCAAGUACUACCAUCAGUAUAUCUUUGGACAAUACGUCACUAAAUUUUUGGCAUAGAACAGUCCAUUGUAAUGUCUGUUUAGUAUAUGUCACAAGUAUCGUUAGACAAUGUUUUAAUGUGUCACUCUAGUUGUUUGUGUUGUUUCUCAAUAUCUUGACGCAAAACAGACGGUUUUGUAUAGUUACAGUUUAUAAUAAAAGUUCCAGCUACUGUAGUAUACUAUCCGGUAAAUAUCCGGCAAAUUUUUAACCAUGAUGGCUAAUUAAAGAGUGCACGCUGAUCAAUUCAUUAAAUGUACAUAUAUUAUGCUAGAUACAUAAGAGCUAUACAGUGUUUUAAAAAAAUGGGCGCCAUUUUGGGGGAAGUAAGGACGAGUGAGAAUUUAAAAGUCCAAAUACUGGACGCCUUACGAGUGCGUGUUUUUCAAAUUGCCCGAGAAUCCCAUGCUGUUAAUAUUAGCAUUACUGAUUAAUAACACUGACAAAUGAAUGUGAUAAUUUAGAGAUUGUGGCUUAAGUAAGCGACUUAAUUGAAGGAGAAAAUGAUUUCAGAUCACAAAGGAUUUUACUCACGAAUAAUCACCGACAAUGGAAGUCGCGGUGUCAUAUACAAACCAGGCUUAAAUCAUGCACGCAAACAUACUUACAAUCGAAUAUCUCCUAGAGGAUAUCUCUUCUAACGGCCAUUAUACUGUAUAGUAUUCGACUAUUAUAUUAACGAGGUAUAGUGUGGUUUAGGUUAUUGACUUCCACUGCCAGACACAAAAGCGGACAGGGGCACCAAAAUGAGAAUCCCAACUCCCAAGUAUAUAAACUGCAAGGUUCCCAAUAAAAUUUGGAGUAGGAGGCUAUUUGACAAAAAAUGGCUCUAUAUGAUGCCGAAGGUAUACUGCGCACCUGGGGAGUGUGACAUGAAAACUUCGGCAAAAAUGUGUCACCAUUUUGGUGAGAAAUAUUCGACACAUCAUUGCAAUAACUUUUAACUUCUUUUAGAAAUUCACGCAAAAGUUUUCGAAACCUCCAGUCUGACUGGUGAAAAUGUUGGUAAGUAAUUGAAGGUUAAUUUUUGAAGUUUAAGUAUGAAAGUGACAUUUAGUUUAGUACUACUGUACUGUACUGUACUGUACUGUACUGUACUGUACUGUACUGUACUGUACUGUACUGUACUGUACUGUACUGUACUGUACUGUACUGUAUUAAAUUAUUCUUUUCAUCUUGCAGGCGAAAUGUUUUAUGAUGUUGCAAAGACAUGCUUAGAAAAACCAGUUGCGAAAGCUCCCAAAGGUUCAGAAUUAAUCAUUAACUAGUUUAUCUUUACUGCGGUACCCUAACCAAGUUAGAUUAACGACUUGUGACUUGACUUGGAGUCGAACAAAAUGGCUUGUUACAAACGAAGUAAAAUGUAAAGUAAUAAAUGUCUGGUGAAAAUUAACUUUUCUACAAUUGGACUGGUAAUUCACCAAAGUACAGUGACUAGUGCAGCCAGAAUGGCGUAUCACACUAUGACGGAGAGCUUGUGUGGCAUGGUAUAUAGGCCUGUCUACAUGAUACGAUUAGUCAUGUACGAUUCCUAUUCUGGCGUAUGUAAUCGGAAAAAACACACGCCAAAACCGGUUGCAUUUCAAAUUUCGCCCUAAACUAAACGAAGAGGAAUUGUGGCGUCAGCACUAGUAAUUUUCAUACGCCGGAAUGACAAUCGUAUACGACUAAUCGUGGCGUGUAGAUAUUUAAUUGUCAUGGGUGACUUCCUAGUUCGCUGUAAUAAGAACUGUACAGAAUGACUUGACAAUGACAUGGACUUGCAAGAAACGACUUGCUAUAUUUGACUUGUUAACAACUCUGCUGUUAUAUAAUCGCAAUGGGCCAUUUGCAUUGUAUUGGGCGAAUUACAUUGCAGUCCUCUCAUGCAUUAUUUUCUAUUUUUUUUAGAAAUUUCAUCACUAAAAUUAGUGGAGCCGAAACCAAAAAAGCGUUGUCCAUGUAGCUGAUAUACAGAGACGCUAGUAAUAGGUUGGAAAUUAUAUUUGGUGCACUCGUACUUGGUAUUUUCACGUAUUCACAUCUAUAUAUAUUUAUUGUAAUUUGGUCUAAUCAUGUGAAUAUAAUGGGAAUCACGGAGUCAUGCAAACGCAGUCAUUUAACCCAAUAAAGACACCUUAUAAUAAAUAAUGAUUUUACAAUUAAAUAGACUGAAGUAAAGACCGAUUGUAUACAAUUAAAAUAGACUGAGAGGUUUUAACGUAUAUAGCUAUAUACAAAUUUGCGAUAAUCACCGAGUGUUUGAAUAAAAUACAGUACAAUGGGAACUCAAAAUUUUGUGUUAUAAUUCGACGUUUCGACUAAUCUAGAUUACGGUAUUAUAAUAAGAUGAAAAUUUUCGGAGUUGCCAUUGCAAUGUAUUUUAUUAACUUGGAGAGAGAUAGAUAGCAAGGUCAAGGACAUACAGGGCUACCAGGAAUACUAUAGAUAAAGGUUAUCAUCUAUCCACACAGCAAUAUAUAGUUUAGAAGACAUCGACAGUAAUUUUAAACUAAAUAUAUAUCUAAGGGAGCACACCAGGAAUGACUUACCUUUUUUGAUCGCGAAAAUUUAUUCUUAUACUGUACGUCGCCAUUUUCAAUAUACACUUAAUCAUUACGAUGGCGAUCCGAACACGCGCCGAACAAUUUCAGGAAUUUAAAAUAACGUUGCAUGAGGAUGCAUGUUAUAUGUAAACAACGAGUUUGAGUGUUUCAUCAGGGGAUCCAAACACGAGAAAACUGUAUGAAACACGAGCGCGAAGCGCGAGUGUUUUAUUGUUUUCGAGUGUUUGGUCCCCUGAUGAAACACGAGAAACGAGUUGUUUACAUAACAUCUCGAACGAAAACAUUAUUAAACUGGAUAAACACGGGAAUAGAAGUUAUGGUGUGUUCUGCACAUGCGUAUAUCUAGGAUAAAAUCCCACAAGCGCAAACGAAACUAUUUCUCUAUAAAGUUGAGCUGAAAGGACUCACAGCGACCGUUUUGGCAGUGCUUCAGGCGCCCGAUGAUAUUGUAUGAGGGGCCUUUAGCACUGUCAACUUCUCAUCUUGAGAUGUUCACGUUAGUGAUGGGCGAUACCAGGAUUUUUAAUUCGAUACCGAUACCGAUACUUUUAAGAUCGGUAUCGGCCGAUACCGAUACCUAUUUCGAUACCAAAAUGAACACAAAGUUUCAAUUUUCGAUACCGGAAGUGAGUACUUAAAUUUCUAGUAUCGGCUACUUUAGAUACCUGCCGGUCAGCGGAAAAACAUUUUACAUUACUGUAUGUAACCUAAAUAAAGCUAUAAGUAAACCAAAAGCCCGAAGCGUAAUAAAUAUUUUCUAUACAUUUGUUGGCGCACCACAUUUGGAAUAUUAAGAGUUAUUUUAGUGGUUUAUUAAGUCUUAUUCAACCAAGAAGUGAAAUUAAACAAGUCGUUUAAAAAAGGGUGCAAGUAUCGAACGAUACCACGUCAGUAAUCGAUACCGAUACCGCUGUUUGUGGUAUCGCUGGUAUCGAAUACCG